AUGUACUUGUUCGAAAACCCACUAGCUGGUGUGACGCCAUCAUAUAGCAGCACGCCUCGAAAGUCUUCUGAACGACUGUUCAGCCAACCUUACAUUGAGGACGAGCAAUCCGAUCACGGGCCCAAACCUUUCUGUCCUCCACCCUCCCAUAAGCUUUGUCUUGACCCUGAACAUAAUCCUGUAGAAAUUGAUUGUGUGAGCAUCAGCGGCACGCCAACAACAUCAUUGACUCCUACUCCUUUGCCCUGCCACUGGACAACGGCCAGUCCCCAGUGUGUAGGCUCCAUUAAUUCAACUGGAGCUACUCAGGCAUGUGCAGUCAGUCAUUGCAUGAUCACUGAUUUACCAGGUUUCUCGCGAGCCAGCAUCGACUCGAAACCAAAUCUGGAAACACCCGCAAAUAUGGAUAAAUUCGGACAAAUUCCUGCAGAAGAGACUGAAAAACCUGACUAUCAAUGCCUUUUUGAAGAGGUCAUCAUAUUGCGACGGCGAGUAGUCGAGCUAACCGACCAGGUUAAUUCGGUUGAACAAGUGGUCUCAACAGAUCAGUAA